AAAACGAACCGAGCAAGUACUUCUUAUAGCAUGGAAUGCAGACAAGUACAGGAGAGAAAACGCCGAGAAAGUAACAGAAAGUGAGAGAAAAUAAAACAAAGUUCGUUUUUCAAUAUGAGUGGGGUUUCGGCUUCCCCACCGUUGGUCGCCAGAAUCUCUUCUAUUCAAUCCAAUAAUCAAAAGUAUAGUUAUAGCUGUUCACCUUCCUCAGUUAAUCCCAGUUUCUCGUCCUUAUCAGCUGUAAAGGUCAAAAAACAAUCGGGGCUUAGAUUUGACACGCCAGCGAAAGACUCCCAUGUAAGAACUGUCCGAUGCAAUAGCGCCACCGGACGCGGUGGCCCCGGUUCCGGUGAUGAUGAGAGCAAGAAUAUUUUGGAUGCAUUUUUCUUGGGAAAGGCUUUAGCAGAAGCAGUUAAUGAGCGUAUUGAAUCUACAGUUGGAGAGUUUCUCAGUCUAAUUGGCAGGCUACAAGCUGAGCAGCAGAGGCAAAUACAGGAUUUCCAGGUAGAUGUGUUGGAAAGGGCUAGAAAAGCUAAGGAAAAUGCAGCACGAGAAGCCAGGGAGGCACAAGGACUCAUUCCUAAAGUUGAAACAGCAUCAGCUACAUAUGGUGUUGACUCAGCCACUUCGUCAUCAACCAACAAUUCAGUCACUCCCGCAAAUUCACCGUCAUCUCCAAAUACAUAUGCUGCCUCUACUGCAGAGACAGGUCCAGACCCUGCUUUUGGGGUGUCCGAUGAUGAGUGAACAUGCAUCUUCAUAUUCUGUAAAUUUAAGACAUGGCUUAUCCGUAGUUAUUCACAUGAAUGAAAGAGAGAGAGAAAGAGAGAGAGAGUUGUAUCUUUGUAAUCUGAAAUGAAAUAAUGUAUUUUGAUAUUUAAACUUUCAUGUGCUGAAUUACCUUGAAGAAUAUUGUAAUUACUUGAAGAUUAAUAAUAUGGAAGUUGGAGACUUGUUAACCUCA